GUCAUUGGUUCCAAUACGAUUCUGCAGCGCCAGGCCGAUUUUGCUAUCCGAUGGCCCUGUCUGGGGAGGAGUGAAUAAUCCACGCCUCUAGAGCACGUUAAGAAACAAGGGGAGCCGUCGCGAGAUGCGCCAAAGCUCUCGCGAUUGCACAAAUAGGGCUUAGUAUUGGUCGUUUCAGAAGAGUUCGGCGAGCGGCGGGGCAGCAGUGACAAGUCUCGGCGAAUGAAGCUCCUCCGCCGGUAUCCCGAUGCUCUCGCUCGCAGUGCUGAACUACGGCCUGUAAUCUGUGGAGGUAACAAGUCUCGGUAGUGUCGUGUAGCCCCGCAGUCUAUAUGUGUGUGCGGUUGCCCCUGGUGACGGGGGUGGUGGCAAGCUGCAGACAUUGGGCGCAUAGCGAGCAAACACGCCUUGAAGGUCCCUGUGUCUGGCAAGAACGGCUGUGCUGGGAGUCGUGAUCGAGGCGGCCGACGAACCGCUAAAGGUUCUGGCGCCCCUGGGAGGCUGCGAGGCCGAGGACGUGAAUACUGUGGUGCCGCCAGUCAUGAACCACGUCACGGAGCCGCCCACCCCAGACAACCACCUCGAGCUCAUGGACACGCAGGAAGCCCAGGAAGUGUCUUCAUCCACCACACAACAUGACACAGAAAUGGAUGAAGAUGACGCACGCUCAGAGGCAAAGUUUCAGUUCCGUGUCAAAGACUUCAGCAAGCUAAAGGACACAAUGCUCUCACCGCCUUGUUAUGUUCGAAAUCUACCAUGGAAAAUAAUGGUAAUGCCUCGUACAAGCCAGUCACAAGACCGCCAACCACAGCGAUCCCUUGGUUUCUUCUUACAAUGUAAUGGGGAAUCGGAAUCGACUUCAUGGUCAUGCAAUGCAGUGGCUGAUUUGCGGCUGUUGUCGGUGCGUGAUGGUGAACCUCCCUUUACACGCAAAAUCCAGCAUUUAUUUUAUAGUAAAGAAAAUGACUGGGGGUUCUCACACUUCAUGCCAUGGAAUGAUGUCCUUGACCCUGAAAAGGGUUACAUCAAAGACGACACUAUCACAUUAGAGGUUUGGGUGUCAGCAGAUGCACCUCAUGGUGUAUCGUGGGACAGUAAAAAACACACAGGUUAUGUGGGGCUAAAGAACCAGGGUGCAACUUGUUACAUGAAUUCUCUCCUUCAAGUACUGUACUUCACAAGUCAGCUAAGAAUGGCUGUGUACAAGAUGCCAACGGAGAGUGAUGACUCGACCAAAAGUGUGGCAUUAGCACUACAACGGGUCUUUCACGAGUUGCAGACGAGUGACAAACCAGUCGGCACUAAGAAAUUGACCAAGUCCUUCGGCUGGGAAACACUUGAUUCCUUCAUGCAGCAUGAUGCUCAAGAGUUCCUAAGAGUGCUGCUUGACAAAUUAGAAACGAAAAUGAAGGGAACCUGUGUUGAAGGAGUGAUUCCAAGGCUCUUUGAAGGCAAGACAGUGUCUUACUUCAAAUGUAAACAUGUAGACUACACUUCGUCAAGAACGGAGACCUUUUAUGACAUCCAGCUUAAUAUAAAAGGAAAGAAAAACAUUCUAGAAUCUUUUAAAGACUACAUUAGUGUAGAAACGCUGGAAGGUGACAAUAAAUAUGAUGCUGGUGAACAUGGUCUUCAAGAAGCAGACAAAGGUGUCAUAUUCCAGAGCUUUCCCCCAGUUCUUCAUCUUCAUUUGAUGAGGUUUCAGUAUGACCCCAUCACAGACUCAAAUGUCAAGAUAAAUGAUAGAUAUGAGUUCCCAGAAAAGUUAAAUAUGGACCAAUUUCUUCAAAAACCUGAAUCAACUCCAGCUACAUACGUGCUCCACGCCGUCCUAGUACACUCAGGGGACAACCAUGGCGGCCAUUAUGUUGUAUUCAUCAAUCCAAAAGGGGAUGGUAGGUGGUGCAAAUUUGACGACGAUGUAGUAUCAAGAUGCAGCAAGCAAGAAGCCAUUGACCACAACUUUGGUGGUCAUGAGGAUGACCUCAACCUUACGGUGAAGCACUGUACAAAUGCUUAUAUGUUGGUGUACAUAAGAGAGUCGUGCCUGAAGACAGUGCUUCAGGAGGUAACAGAGGAAGAUAUACCGCAGGAGCUCAUAGAUCGACUACAGGAGGAAAAGCGGGUUGAGAUGAUCCGCAGGAAGGAACGCAAUGAAGCCCACCUCUACAUGAGCGUUCAGGUUGUUUUAGAGGAUGCAUUUUCUGGGCAUCAGGGUAAUGAUCUCUACGACCCAGACAAGGUCAACUACCGAACAUUCCGGGUGAAAAAGUCAGCCACACUCCAAGAGUUCCUAGAACAAGUGGCUGAGAGCCUUAAAUAUCCAGUAGAGCAAAUCCGACCAUGGCCACUAAAUCUCCGGACCAACCAGACCAACAGACCGACGCUCUUAGACCUUGAAACAGAACUCCACAAACCUUUAUCAGAGAUAAGUGAUAACAGUAACCCAUGGACGGUAUUCAUGGAGACAGUGCCUCCAGACUCGGGCCUGAAGGCUCUCACUGCCUUUGACAAAGACUCAGAUGUUCUUCUUUUCUUCAAAUACUAUGACCCACGACACAAACGCUUACAUUAUUGUGGACACCAUUAUAUGCACAUCUCAUUUAAUGUCCAGGAGUUGGUACCGCUGUUGAACGAACGUGCAGGACUGCCACUGAGCACAGAACUGGCGCUUUUUGAGGAGAUCAAGCCCAACUUGGUGGAGCGGCUGGCUGACCUUGACCGCCCAUUAGAGAAGGUGUUAGAUGAACUGAUGGACGGUGACAUCAUAGUGUUCCAGCGAGACGACCUUCUGGACGAUCCCAGCCUUGAGCUUCCGUCCUGCCGCGACUACUUUAGGGACCUCUUCUUCCGGGUGGAGGUUACAUUCUGUGAUAAGACAGUACCCACGGACCCAGGGUUCACCAUGGAGCUGUCCCAAAGGAUGAAUUAUGAUCAGAUGGCCAGAGCCGUUGCUCAUCGUCUCGAUACUGACCCGUACCUGUUACAGUUUUUCAAGUCACAGAGUUACCGAGAUGGGCCAGGCAACCCAGUGAGAUGCACCUACGAGGGAACCCUCAAGGAUAUGCUAGUCUGCAUGAAGCCCCGGCACCCUAAAAAAAUAUACUACCAGCAACUUAGUAUUAAGAUUAAUGAAUUAGAAAAUAAGAGGCAAUUCAAGUGUAUGUGGCUUGGAGAACGUAUGAAAGAGGAGCAAGAGUUAGUCCUGUAUCCAAAUAAGAAUGGCACAGUGGCAGACUUGCUACAUGAGGCCAGAAAACAAGUCACAUUAUCUGAAAAUGGAUCUGGGAAACUGAGGCUUGUAGAUAUUUCCUCGUACAAGAUCGCCUCGACGCCACCGGAGUCCAUGAGUCUAGAUGCGCUAAGUACGGCAGGAACGAGAUCGUAUCGCAUUGAAGAAAUUCCCCUCGAGGACCUUCAUGUCGCUGAGGAUGAGAUGCUCAUACAAGUGGCACAUUUCCACAAGGAAAUAUUUUCUACUUUUGGUAUCCCGUUCCUCUUCAAGGUCAAGCAAGGAGAGCACUUCUCUCAUGUUCGGGAUCGCAUCCAGAAGAAGCUGGAUGUGCCAGACAAAGAAUAUGAAAAGUACCGGUUUGCUAUAGUUGUAAUGGGAAGACCAACAUUUAUCACAGAUGAUGAAGUAGUUAACCUACAGGAAUUCAAACCCCACCCUAACCAGACCUCCUUGCCUGCCAAGCCAUGGCUUGGACUGGAACACGUCAACAAAGCUCCCAAACGCUCCAGAUACAACUACUUAGAAAAGCCCAUAAAGAUAUAUAAUUGAGGCAGAGGAUAACCAUAGGAACAUCAGAACAUUAAAAAGAGAAUUUACCAACCAGUAGGGAGAAAAAGAAAAAAAGAAGAGGGUGUUGACCUCCCUGUUCGUAUGUGUGGUGUUGGUGCCGUGUGCUGUUCUGCCUUGUGUGGAGCUGCCGGUUGACCAUCCCUGACCACCCCCUCCUCGCCUCUUCUCAUACACAAGCCUUCACAGUGGUGUGGGGCUGCCAUGUGCAUGUAACGUGGGGUGUCAGAGAGCAUGUGCGGAAGGUGAAUGUGGCUGUGUAGUGUAGCUAUAUGCACUUGUCAUGAAGCUUGACAGUUUGCUGUGUUCCAGAAAGGGGUACAAGUGGACACUGUCGGAGAUAAUGUGGUGAGAGAACAAACUACUAGAAUUUCAGCACGAUAUUGAAUGCUUCGUGAAACUAAUGAUAUAUACAGCUGCCAUGGCUGAAACUGAAGGCAUUUCUUAAUGGUUGUUGUCUGACAUUUUAAAUAGAUUGUGUAGGUAAUGAAUGUGCUUGAAGGCAUUAUUCGACUUGUAGCCACAAUGUUUUAUAAUUCUGUGAUAAGGUAGCUGCAUCCGUGGAGGUGAAUAAUGAUUAUGCAUUACACUGAACAGCUGCAUUGUAUUGCAAAUUACAAGUCAAAAGUUACAAGGUCAAGAGUUGUCACUUCUCGCCCUACAUUCACGAGAUCUCGCAAGUCCUUUUUUAAGAACAUGAUAAACAGUAGUUCUGCAGGAGUGGGAUUCAGAAUGGCAAAAGGAAAGUCCGUAGGGCUGAUGCAUAAAUGAGGAUAUGAAGCAGUGGUUACAUUUGAUUUUUUACCGUUUGGUGGUGUUUCUGUGGUGUGACUUGCCGUGGUUAUGUAAUCGCAUUGUUUACAAAGCCUUGAAGAAAACAAAAAAAAGUAUCAACAAAGCUUGCCAGAAAAAGUUUUAUUUGAGGAACCAGAUUAUGCAACCUUUCAUAGCCUUGUGUAAUGUUCUACUUAGCCGGUAGGCAAGGAAUUGUCGUUCAGCUCUUCUAACCUCACUUUGAAUGGAAUUAUUGGUCACUUACAAGGGGCAGCUUCAUGGAAUGCCUAUAUAAAUGUAUCUGUCAAGUCCUAUAUUCAACCCCAUGUAGCUUUAAUCACCUUGGGAAAAAAAAGUAUUUCAUUAUAAUGUUAAUGUAACAUAUUUACUUUAACUUUAAACAAUGAAGAAAUUGUAGCUUAUCUCAUUUUAGGCACUAUGCUAGUUUCAGGGACAUAAUAGAAGUGAGUAUCCAAACUUUGACAGUGUUUUUACAGUGAAUGUAACAUUUUUUAUUUGUUUUGUGCAGAAUGAGGUUUAUUUAACUCCAGAACCUCUCUAUUAUGCUCUGUAUGGGUUGUUUUGCUCUUAUUAUAAUCGUCUCAGUGACCCACAUAAUAAUAUGUGUCCAUCCUUAGGAACUUGUGGGAAUACCUUCGUAUUAUUUUAUUUUUUCCAGUGUACAGUAGUGCCUUAAUUUCAGUCUUUUGAGUAUUUUUCCAGAGAGGAGACCUUUUUUAUUUAUAUUGUUUAGUCAUUUUAAUGUGGUUAUUUAUCUGUAAAGACUUCACGCUUUUAAUAAAGCUAUCGUGUGUAUAGAGUCAAUACACAGCUGUAUCUACAUCUCUUUUCAAGAUGUAUAUUCCACAGUCACACACACCUCAUAGAAAGAGUAGGAAUGAGUAUGUGGUAGUCUUAUUAAAAAACGAAGGUACUGAGGCACUGCAACGGUGGAAAUGUGAAGGGCAGCAUCACCUUGCACCAUGACUGUGAUACUCCGGCAGUGAUCCAUUCUGUACCAGCUGCACUUUGGGUCUUCAUGUAAUGGAUCAGUCAAGUAAAUAAAAGGAAAAACUUCAACACACCAGUUUUAUGCAGCAUGAGAGAUGUACAGGUUUAGACUUUAAAAAAAUUAAUACUUACAGAAUUUAUAAUGGAGUACCAUAUAAAAAAGAUUAUCCCCCACUAUCCCUCGUUUCAUUUUUUGAGAAUAUUAAAUAAUUACAUGGUUAUUGAAAUUUCAUAUGACAGAUUUAAGGAGUCAAUGUUAUUAAGAAUAAAUACCGAAACCCCAGCUUAUUUAUACAGUUUCAUUAGUUUAUUUCUAUCACAUGACCGUAUUGUUGUAUAUUAGGAUUUUGUGACCACUGUGAAUGGUUGAGAGUAUUCUUGGUCACUAUGGAUGAUGCAUUUGAUUAAACAAGGAAUUUUUUUUUUUUUUUUCUGUACGGUGCCCCCUCCCCCUCCCCCAAGUGAAACCAUUCUGAGUGCUGUUACCCACAUGUUGCAUUAUCACCUAAUUUGGUGCAUGGACAUGAGUCGGUAGUGUCAACUUGGCCCCCAUCCUCUUUUCUCAUGUGGGUGUAAGGGUUAGACCAACCCAUAGCUUGCCUGCAAUUUUUAGUUUGUGUUGGGCAGCUGUGAGCACUGUUGGGGCACCUCAGGGCACCAGGGGGCACCACCUUCACCAUCACCACCGCAGGGAGGACCUCGGCACUAGGUCUUGAUUUUUCAUUUUUACCCUCCCUAUAUUUCUAGGCUUUCAUAUGCUGUACAGUUGAUGAAAUUAGUUUUAUUUACGGGUGUCCAUAUUACAGUUUUACAGAGAACAUGCUUUAUAUGCCCCCAUAGGAGAGCAGCAAAAUGAGUGAGUCUUUUGGUCAAAGGCGUACCAUUGCUUUCAUGGACACUUUUUAGGCAGACACAAUCUGUACUUCUGUUAAUAAAAGUAAAUCAAUCAUAAGUAAUAAUAACGUGUAAAAAGAUUCA